AUGGCCGGGUGGUUCACGUCAGGCACGUCUGUGCUCGACGAGCAGAUCGACAAAGCGACGUCUUCGAGCUUAGAAGAUAUUGCAACAUCCCUCGAAAUCACCGAUCUCAUCCGCUCGAAAACAGUGCAGCCUAAAGAUGCCAUGCGGUCCCUGAAGAAGCGAAUAGGCAACAAGAAUCCCAACAUUCAGUUGUCCGCCCUGAAGCUCACAGACACGUGCGUCAAAAACGGCGGUUCGCAUUUUCUUAGUGAAAUUGCAUCGCGCGAAUUCAUGGACAACUUGGUCUCGUUACUGAAAGCCUACGGACCCGCGGCAGUCAACGAAGAGGUCAAGCAAAAGAUUCUUGAACUGAUCCAGACCUGGGCCAACGCAACACAGGGAAGAUACGAUUUGUCAUACAUAAACCAGGUCUAUCAGAGUCUGCAAAGAGAGGGCUUCCAUUUUCCGCCCAAGGUCGACAUCUCAAGCACCAUGCUGGACAGCAGUGCACCCCCCGAGUGGACCGACAGCGAUGUGUGCAUGCGUUGCAGGACGGCCUUUACUCUUACCAACCGGAAGCACCACUGCAGGAAUUGUGGCAACGUUUUUGAUCAACAGUGUUCCUCCAAGUCCAUCCCCCUGCCUCACCUGGGCAUCAUGCAACCAGUCCGUGUAGACGACGGCUGCUACGACAAACUGACGAAGAAGUCGGGCGGCACCCAAGACCGUCGAGUGUCUUUUGCACCCAAGCCGGGCGCAAUGCAACCCCGCAGUGCCCGAGUUGACACCAGCUUCGACGAGGACCUGAAGAGGGCGUUGGAGAUGAGCCUGGAAGAAGCCAAAGGAAUUUCUGGCUCAGGUUAUGUUCCACAAUCUCAAACAAAGCAAGAGCAGGCGAAGACAAACGGCGCGUCCAAUGACGAAGAAGAUGACCCCGACCUCAAAGCUGCGAUUGCACUGUCGCUCAAGGAAGCCGAGGAGCAGGCCAAGAAGCAUGCGGCGAACCUCAAGAAAACCACCACGAACGGGGCUACCCCAGCUCAGCCUUUUGUUAUGCCCAAGAGUGACUACGAGUUGUCGGUCGUGGAAUCCGAGAACAUCAACCUGUUCGCAACAUUGGUGGAUCGAUUACAGCAUCAGCCAGCAGGCACCAUCUUACGGGAACCACAAAUACAGGAGCUUUACGAGAGCAUCGGAAAGCUUCGGCCAAAGUUGGCAAGGACGUUAGGCGAAACCAUGUCCAAGAACGAUGCGUUACUUGAAUUACACGCAAAGCUGUCCACCGUCGUCCGCUACUACGACCGGAUGCUUGAAGAGCGAUUGAACAACACAUACAAUCAGAGAAACCCGGGCUAUGCUGCCUACGCCAUGCCAUCCCCUGCCGUGCCGCAGGGCUCAGGAAUGUACCCGUCAAUAGCGGGGGCGCCGCCGUCUUCCAUGAACACAGGUCCAGGCGGUGCAGAGAAUUACUAUUUCAGCAAUGCACCACUCGACUCGUAUGCUCCGCCUUCUCAGCCCACGACUCUACCUCAACCUCAACGGUCAUAUUCAUACUCAAGUCAGAAGCAAGAAUCCCCUGCCUCUUCGUACCAACAUCCAAGUCAACAGCCACAGCAGCAACCAUAUUCGUUCCAGCAAUCUCAGCAGCCUCCCUCUAUGUACCCCCAAAUGCCACCUCCAGAACCUCAGGCAACCCCCACACCCUAUGCUCAGAUGCCGCAGCUGCCCUCUGAAGCUCCUACUCCGCAGCCACAGACCCAGCUUGCUCACCAACACCAACCUCCUCAGCAAUCGUCAUAUCCGCAACAGCACCAAUCUAUGCCGCUGCCUGGUCAGUUCAACCAACCACCUUCUCCUCAAAUGUACCAGCAACCCCCGCCUCAAACUCAAUCCCAACAAUACCCUCCGCAGCGAACUCAACAAUUACAACAAUAUCCUCCUCAACAACAGCACCCAGCAGCGCAACCUCAGCAGGCCAUGUCGACGGGAGGCUCGUACAAUGCGCCACAUCCCACUUAUACUCAGAGCCAAUUCCCAGCUGCGCCACAACAUACUCCAGCCCCGUAUGGUCAACCACAUCAGCAACAUCAACCGCAGCCUGUCGCCGUCGAGGAAAGUCUGAUUGAGCUUUAA